GGUCUGCUCCUCCACACCAGACUCCUUCUAUCCCUCCGUGCUGGAGGAGCAAGGAGGAACCUGUCCUCUGUUUACCCUCUCUGCGGACGCACGGAUAACCGCGCCACGGCCGGGAAGAUGGUUUUUCUGCUGCCUAUGGUUGUCCUUUACACUCUGAGCGUCUUUAGCGGAGCAUCCGCCGCCGCUCACUAUAAUUGCAACGGUCCUCUAAUAUCAGCGUUACCCCAUUCAUCCUUUCAGAGCUCCACUCAGUCCUCAGCCAGUUAUGCUGCUUACAAUGCCAAGCUCAACAGAAGAGACGGAGCAGGAGGCUGGUCCCCCAUGGUGACUGACCAGGAGCCCUGGCUCCAGGUGGACCUCAGGGAGCAGAUGGAGGUGACAGCUGUGGCCACACAGGGACGUUAUGACAGCUGGGACUGGGUCAGCAGUUACCUGCUGCUCUACAGUGACACGGGCCGGACCUGGAAACAGUACAGGCAUGAGGACGGUGUCGGGAGGUUUGUCGGGAACGUGAAUUCAGAGGCCGUUGUCCAGAACAAGCUGUCCCACCCAGUGAGAACACGCUUCCUGCGUUUCGUCCCUCUCGGCUGGAACCCCAGCGGCUGGAUGGGCCUCAGAGUGGAGGUGUAUGGCUGCUCCUACAAGUCGUAUGUGGCGGACUUUGACGGCAGAAGCUCACUGCUGUAUCGGUUCAACCAGAAGUCCAUGUCGACAGUGAAGGAUGUGAUCUCUCUGCGGUUCAAGAGCCAUCAGGCCGAGGGUGUUUUACUGCACGGAGAGGGGCAGAGAGGAGAUUACAUCACCCUGGAGCUACACCGAGGAAGACUGGACCUCUACCUCAACCUGGACGACAGCAGGCUGAGGUUCAGCAGCGGCCGUGUUGCUGUCACUGUGGGCAGUCUGCUGGAUGACCAGCACUGGCACUCUGUUCAUAUAGAGCGCUUCAACAAGCAAGUUAACCUCACGGUGGACUCCCACACACAGCACUUCCAAACCAAAGGAGAAGGGCACUCGCUGGAGGUGGACUAUGAGCUGAGUUUUGGAGGCAUCCCGCUGCCUGGAAAACCUGGCACCUUUCUGAGGAAGAACUUCCACGGCUGCAUGGAAAACCUCUACUACAACGGAAUCAAUAUCAUAGACCUGGCAAAGAGGCGCAAGCCACAGAUACACAGUGUGGGCAACGUGACCUUCUCAUGCUCACAGCCCCAGCUGGUGGCUUGCACCUUUCUGAGCUCCAGCAGCAGCUUCCUGUCGCUUCCGUCAGCAGCGUCUGCCACAGGGGGCUUCUCCGUUCGCUUCCAGUUCAGGACGUGGAACCCAGAUGGGCUGCUCCUCUCUGUGCAGCUGAACCCGGGGCCCCAGAGACUGGCGCUGCAGAUCAGCAACAGCCGACUGCAUCUGACCCUCCGCAGCUCAGGACAACAGAAAUCGGAAGCCUCUACUGGUCACAGAGUAAGCGAUGGACUGUGGCACUCCGUAAAUCUCGACACGAGGAAUCUACAGAUGACUUUGACUGUGGACGGUGAGCCGUGCUCCCCAACUGAACUGUGGGAACAAGUGGAAUCGAGAGGAAACUUUUAUUUUGGAGGCUGUCCCACCACGGACUGCGAGGUCCCGACCCCGAAGUUCCAGGGCUGUAUGCGGCUCAUAUUCAUCGACAACCAGCCAAUGAAUCUCAGUCAUGUACAGCAAGGACUGCUGGGAAAUUAUAAUGAGCUUCAAUUUGACACCUGCAAUAUGAGAGACAGAUGCCUCCCCAACCUGUGUGAACACGGCGGCCGCUGCUCUCAGACGUGGAGCUCCUUCUCCUGCGACUGUUCGGGAACAGGAUACUCCGGAGCGACCUGUCACAACUCCAUUUACGAGUCGUCCUGCGAGGCCUACAAGCUGAUUGGCAGCUCCUCGGGCUUCUACUCCAUUGAUCCAGAUGGGAGUGGCCCCCUGGGGCCCGCACAGGUAUACUGCAACAUGACAGAGGAGAAGGUGUGGACGGUUGUGACCCACAACAUCACAGCUCCGGUCACGGUCCAGAGCUCCUCUCCUCAGAAACCUCACGUCAUGAAGUUCAACUACAGCGCCACGGCCGAACAGCUGCGUGCCAUCGUAUCAGGGUCGGAGCAGUGCCAGCAGGAAGUGGUGUACAACUGCAGGAAGUCCCGCCUCUUUAACACAAAAGAUGGCAGUCCGCUGUCCUGGUGGCUGGACCGCGAAGGAGAGAGGAGGAGUUACUGGGGAGGCUUCCUGCCUGGGGUCCAGCAGUGCUCCUGCAGCCUGGAGGAGAAUUGCAUGGAUAUGAACUACUUCUGCAACUGUGACGCUGAUGCAGAUGCAUGGACUAAUGACAUGGGAAUCCUCUCCUAUAAAGACCACCUACCAGUCAGCCAGAUAGUGAUAGGAGACACCAACAGAACGGGCUCUCAGGCCAUCUACCACGUCGGCCCUCUGCGUUGUUAUGGAGACAAGUCUAUCUGGAACGCAGCCUCUUUCUACCAGGAAUCGUCGUACCUCUACUUCCCCACCCUGCAGGCAGAGCUCGCCUCUGAUAUCUCCUUUUACUUCAAGACCAGCACUCCUUCAGGGGUGUUUCUCGAGAACCUGGGCCUCAAAGACUUCAUCAGAGUGGAGCUCAGCUCUCCCUCAGUGGUGACUUUCUCCUUUGAUGUGGGAAACGGUCCGGCGGUCCUCUCCGUGAAGUCCCACCUCCCCCUGAAUGACAGACAGUGGCACUACGUGAGGGCAGAGCGCAACGUGAGGGAGGCCUCCCUGCAGGUCGACCAGCUUCCCCUCCGCUUCCUGGACGCUCCGGCCGAUGGACACCUCCGCUUACGGCUGAGCAGCCAGCUAUUCAUAGGGGGAACAGCGUCCCAGCAGAGAGGCUUCCUGGGUUGCAUUAGGACCUUGACCGUCAACGGCGUGAGCUUUGACCUGGAGGAGAGGGCCAGGAUGACCCCGGGGGUGAGCUCCGGUUGUCCGGGUUACUGCAGCGGCUCCAGCAGCCUCUGCCACAACAGAGGGAGGUGCAUCGAGAAGAGCAACGGCUACGUCUGUGACUGCUCCCAGUCUGCGUACGGGGGAACCACCUGUAACCAAGAGGUGUCAGUGUCCUUCGACCGGGAGUCCUCGGUGACCUACACCUUUCAGGAGCCCUUCUCAGUGAUGCAGAACAGAAGCUCACAGGCCACCAGCGUUUCCACAGAGAGCAGCAGCAGAGCCAGAGAGGAUGUUGCCUUCAGCUUCGUCACCUUCCAGAGGCCGGCCAUGCUGCUGACUGUCAGCACCUUCAGCCAUCAGUACAUCGCUGUCAUCCUGGCCAAGAACGGGAGUCUGCAGAUCUGGUAUCACCUUCAGACAGACAGGAGUCCAGAUGUGUUCAGCCCCGUCCUCAGCAACAUGGCAGACGGACGUCUUCAUCGAAUCAGAAUCCACAGAGUGGGCAAAAACCUGUAUGUUCAGAUCGACCAGGACAUCCACAGAAAGUACACGCUGUCAUCUGAUGCAGAGCUGAUCUUAAUCAGAUCCUUGACAUUGGGCAAAGUCACCAGAAGGGAGAACCUCAACGAGGAAGUAAUGCAAGCAGCUUCUAAAGGUUUCAUCGGCUGCCUCUCCUCGGUCCAGUUUAACAACGUGGCCCCGCUGAAGGCGGCGCUGACGAAUCGAGGAAGCUCACUGGUCACCAUCCGUGGUCCACUGGUCCAGUCAAACUGUGGAGCGCUGGCUGAGUCCACCUCACACACUCUGCAAGAUCAAGCGGUAACAGCCACUAAAGAUAAGGAGCAGCGUGGCAAUGGCACCCAGAAGGAUUUGGCUGUGAUAGCAGGUGUGGUCACAGCUGUGGUCUUCAUCGCAGUGUGUGCUCUGGCUGUGAUAAGCCGCCUCCUCUACCAGCAGCGGCAGGCCCAGAGGAGCAGCAGCAGCAGCAUCAAAGAGGAGCACAGACACAGCAUGUACACAAACUACAGGACAGAGCUGCAUCUCCACAACUCAGUCAGGGACAACAUGAAGGAGUACUACAUCUGACCACAGUGUGCCCUCUCUGGCCCUAAGUUGCAAACUUACCUCUCUCUUACACAAGGAUUAACAGGUGGACGUGCUGCUGCAGAAUUUCUUACAUCAAAACAUCUCUGUACAAGUACGAGCAAGUGGCUGGAUCUUUACAGCUGUUUGUGUAUUUGAUGUUGGUGAAUCUGUCUGAAUCAAGCUGCUGUGAUUUCUGUCAUUGCAAAAUGUGUAAAGCAAAAGAUGAAUGUUCUGCAGGGUGGGACAGGGUGGGACAUGAGGGGACGCCGCGAGUGCAGUGAGUGGAUGGCUGCCGUCCGUCCUGAAUGCGCACAACUUAAAAAAUUUUUUUGUUUAAAACCCUCAAAUGCUGAAUAUUUCUACAUUUCAGUGGGACUCACUAAAUUGUACUCGCAAGUCAGGAAAUGUAGGCCAGGCCUGUAAGAUAUGCGUGCGUUUGCUGCUGUCUUUGUUUUUUCAGUGGUGGUGAAUGUUGUAGAAGAAGAAAAGGGGACAAUACUGCCUAUACUGUAUGAGUGCCUAAUUUGCAUACGAGUUUUUAUUUUAACAUUUUAGAAAUUAUUCAUGUGAUUUGCACAAAGGCAGUUGCAUUUACAUAGAGAGCAGCUUAUUGUCAUUCAGUUUUGCAACCCACACCACACAGAAUAAAAGGAAACUGGAAUUUCCCCGUCACGCACAACAUCUUCCAGUUGACCGUUGGUAAAGCGAUGUUGCUUUCACUGAGCUGUUUUCCACUGCGCUGUCUGAAGUCGCGUGGAGAUUCACAAACCUUAAGAAGUCCCGAUCUAUUCUAAUCUUUUGUUAACUCGACACUUUAAAGGGUUUCAGGUUUUCGAGUCUAGCAUUGUGAACCAUUCUGGCUUCAUGUAUUCAGUCUAAUUCUUCUGUGUAUUAUUUUUUCAGUACAUAAACAUCUAAAAACACUUGUGUAUAUUGUACCAUGAGAGUAGCAGAAAUAGGGAAUUAGUGGGGAGGAUUAUAGUAUUUAAAAAAACAGGCUAAAAACCACUGCAUACACUGUCUGAUACUGGUAUAUGAACAAAUCUGGGGAUGGGCAUGAAGCUCCUAAGUGGUAUCUUUGGUGUUCUGUGGCUUACAGGCAGCACUUUGGUGUUGUAUGUACACAAAGCAUUGGGUGCAGCAAGUACUUACAGAAGCUAAUCUAACCAGCAUGUGAAGUUUGCAGUAGUAUGAAACAAUCACAGCAGCGAGUUUUUCGGGGCUUGUACAGCUGCGAUAAGCUCCAGGGUUAAAGAGCGUGACUCAGAACUUUGUCACAGUACUUGAGUGAGUUUGAACCACUGUAGUGAAAGCUGUAAUUCUUUUAUCGCCAUUUCUAUCUUGGUGAUAUGCAAAAGCCAAGUAGGCAGGAAGUGGUAAAUCUGUUUUGUUUUUUGUUUUUUGUUUUUUUGCAGUGUCGGACUCAGAUGGUGAGGCUGCCAUAGUUCUUGGAAGUUUUACAGAACAGUGCAGACCCAGCGCAUACCACACUCAGAAAGUUCUGGAACAAAACUUUAGUUACUUUAUUUUACAGCGCCAGCCAGCAGUGCUUAGGGCUUUUUGCAACCAAGAAAAAGGCCUCUAUGUUACCUGACAUCAUUCGUUUAUUUACUUACUCUUUGGAUUAUAGGGACAAGUGGUGUUUUCUAUAUAUUUAAAACAGAACACUUUUUAUAUGCAUCUUACACUGGUUGAUCAUAAGAACAAAACCAUAAACUUACACAAGACAAAAAGUCUAAAAAGCCACCUAGAGGUCCUAAGAGCACAUUGCACACCCAAAAACAAAAUUAAAGCAUGGCUAAAAAAAUGGGGAUGAUUUUUUUUAGAUCCUUACCACCAGUGAGCAGAAAAUACUAAGUUUGACCUAAAGGUGGCGCCAGAGGAAAAGAGUUGUUUCCUAAAUGUCAAAAUCAGCUUGUCAGGCUCAACCCUGCAUUAUCAGAUAUAGCUCAUUAUCCACUGGCUUCAGCUGCUCUUAGGCAGGUUAGCCGUCUUUGUCAACAUCAGUUGUACUUUGAGCUUAACAUGCUAAGCAUAAGGGUUAAGCCCCAAGAAAAAACAAAAAAAAAAAAGCUGCAUCUGCAAGCAUCCUGUCAUGACCUAAAGUGUUGGACAAGUCAUUAUACUUCGUCCUCUCGGGAUCCUAAAUGUCUGUAUAAAAUUUCAAGAGAAAAAAAAUCUAACAAUUGUGAAGCUAUUUUACUCUGAUUCCAGUUUUUGGACCAACGCGCUGAUGAACUGAUGGAUGAAAAGACUGACAAACAGCAUCACCCUUCCUGGAGCCCCACCGCUGCGAUGGCGAAAGAUCACGUGACUGACAGUGACAUGGGAGUGGCCUGGUCAAACGAUAGGGUCUUCAGCCUCUGGAUCCUAUCUCUGCAUGUCCUUGUAAUCUAAGUAUGUCUCAAGAUGUGAUAGUCUGCAGAUCUUCAGUAGGCUAUCAGAGAAUGACUACAUACCUCUCAGAGUGUUUAGGUUAUAUUGCAAUGGGUAAUAUCACGUGGGUACUUCUUCUUAAUGAUUUGUAUAGCUGCAGUUUUAUUAAGGAUCUAUUGUAUAGAUGUAUAAUUUAAUAAUAAAAGUGAAUAUAUUGUUAAUCAUCUGUUGUAAAAUGGAUUGAAUUCAAACAGGGUCUUGACUUGUUGAUAAGAUGUUUAAAGGCUCUGUAACUUUGACCUCUGGGUCUUUUCUUCCUGUGGCAGCAGGAAAUCCAGUGAGAAGCUCAUGGUGAUUGCAGGUGGGAAGCCAGUGAGGGAUCAUGUCCUUGAGGCUGCACUAGUGCCCCCUAUUGUUUGGACGAUGCACGUGCACCGCGAGGAGUGAGAUCUGUACGAGCUAUCCAUAAUGUGCCCUCCAAAGUAAAGGCGCUUGCUGACAGGUGAAAAGAUUUAUCGCUUGCCUCUAUUUUAAAUGUCGCUGCUAUAGGAGUUAAUUUUUUUUUUUUAAUCAAAAUACAUACACAGAUAGACGGAUACACCAUGUAGCUGACCUGAAUCCUUUCCAGCAAUACAAAGGGCUUUUGAUAAUAAUGCAGUGUGCAAAAAUUUAAGUUGGUCAUUCUCCAGACCAAUAACCUGUUUUCAUAUUUCAUACUUUAAUUAAGUUUGAGAAUACUGGCAUCAAAUACUCCACACCCAUACUAUUCCUAUACUAAUUUAGCAAAUACACUGAAAAGAGGAAACAAUAUUAGUUUUUUUAAACGAAUUAACAGAUUUCACUUCAUUCAAACAUGUCCUGUGCUAAUUUUGUCAUUAAUAUGUCAUGAAUUUUGUAAGAGUGGUGAAAAAAAAUGGAAAAUCUCGUAGCUUUACAUGAGGUCACGUGGCCAAACUUUCCUCCAUAUGACAAUAUCGCUAACAGGCAAAUGUAUUUGUGAAGAUAUUCAUAAAAAGCUCUCAGCAACAUGCAUGGUGAUGAAUUGCAGGACUAAACAAAACACCACCUGCCCUAUCAAUAACCUGGUGUGCACUGCUGCAACCGCCCACAUGUAGUGUAUAUGACCAAACUCCUGAUGGAGAAAGAAUUGAGGUAAUGCACACAGACUGCAAUCACAGGUGCAGAAGAUUUCCCUUUUUAUUUUAUUUUAUUUUUGGGGGAGCUAUGCCUUUUACACUUACUUGAUUACUUACCGAAUUCCAAGACAUUAGUUUCUUGACCACUUUUGAAUCGAGUAAUAAUGAUCACGUUAAGUAUUCAGUCGCUCCAACAGUGAUGUGCACAGUCAGUGGCCACAGUCAGUGGCACUGCUAUAGAACCAACCAACCGGUGCCCUCUGAAUGCGCCCGAGGGACUGGACAAUAAUCAAAUGACCUUUUUAAAAGCAGCUCUCACCGUUGUUUCCACAUACUGCCAAAUCUUCUGCUAGCACAGGAUGUCAGGAGUGUAACGUGCAGAGGGACUUUGAAAAGCAUCCAACAGGCUAAACCAUGCACAAUUUGUAGCUUAGGUAAAUGUUUUUAUUUUGUACUGCUUAUCUAUUCAAAACUGCCUGUACAGAUAUUUCAAAAGGAAAACUAUUUGGUAUGUGGUGCUUCUGAGUAUCUGCUACUCUAAACCUCCUUUUUAUGUUCUGUAUGCCUCUUAGUGCCUGUGUUGUGUGCACAAAAGCAAA